CUCCCUCUCUCUCUCUCCCUCUCUCUCUCUCCCUCUCUCUCCCUCUCUCUCUCCCUCUCUCUCUCUCUGCCACUUCUCCGCUCUCUUUCCUCCUCCUCCUCUCUCCGUCACCGUUUCCCAUUACUCCCCCACGUUCUGGCUCUCCAUCCACCCACUCUCCCUCUCUCCCUCUCUCUCUCCCUCUCUCUCUCCAGCUGACCCCCCCUUCCCCUCUUUUUUCCUGUUCACUUCUCUCUGUCCCCCGUUGCCCGUUUUUCUUUCUUUCCCUCGGAUACCGACUCGCCCUCCCGUCCGGGCCCAGCGUCUGCCUGCCGACCCCCCCACCGGGGCCGUGCCCCACGCCACACACACACACACACACACACACACACACACACACACACACCGGACAGGCGUGUCCCAGAGAUGGGGGGCGAUGUGCCGGGCGCCGGUGGGGCAUCGGGGCCGGAGCCCAGAUGGGGAAGGCUGUGUGGGCAGCCGUGGCCGCCACAGGCCUAGGGGGCCGGCCGGGCCCUGGAAGCAGGCGGUCUCCCGGCGGGGCGCUGCGGGGAGCCCCGGCCAAGGGGUGCUCGGGGGGACACCUGGGGCCCGGCAGCAUGGCCACCAGCCCCGCGGCGAGGAGGGGAGCCCUGACCCGCUGGGCAGGCCGGUAGCUGCCUGCUGACCGCCCUCCCCCUCGGCAUGGACGCCCUGGAGGCCCCAUCCCCCACGCCGGUCACCUCGGAAUCCGGGAAUGCCUCCUGGACCUGGUCCCUGGACGGCAACGCGUCCGUGGCGCCCAGCUCGGCGGGGCUGGCGGUCAGUGGCGUCCUCAUCCCGCUGGUCUAUCUGGUGGUGUGCGUGGUGGGCCUGCUGGGCAACUCGCUGGUCAUCUACGUGGUCCUGCGGCACACGGCCAGCCCAUCGGUCACCAACGUCUACAUCCUCAACCUGGCCCUGGCCGACGAGCUCUUCAUGCUGGGGCUGCCCUUCCUGGCGGCGCAGAAUGCCCUGUCCUACUGGCCCUUCGGCUCCCUCAUGUGCCGCCUGGUCAUGGCGGUGGACGGCAUCAACCAGUUCACCAGCAUCUUCUGCCUGACGGUCAUGAGCGUGGACCGCUACCUGGCCGUGGUGCACCCGACGCGCUCGGCGCGCUGGCGCACGGCGCCCGUGGCGCGCGUGGUGAGCGCGGCCGUGUGGGUGGCGGCGGCCGUGGUGGUGCUGCCCGUCGUGGUCUUCUCCGGGGUGCCCCGGGGCAUGAGCACGUGCCACAUGCAGUGGCCGGAGCCGGCGGCCGCGUGGCGCGCGGGCUUCAUCAUGUACACGGCGGCGCUGGGCUUCUUCGGGCCGCUGCUCGUCAUCUGCCUGUGCUACCUGCUCAUCGUGGUCAAGGUGCGCUCGGCCGGCCGGCGGGUGCGCGCGCCCACGUGCCAGCGGCGCCGGCGCUCGGAGCGGCGCGUCACGCGCAUGGUGGUGGCCGUGGUCACGCUCUUCGUCGUGUGCUGGCUGCCCUUCUACGUGCUCAACAUCGUCAACGUGCUGUGCCCGCUGCCCGAGGAGCCCGCCUUCUUCGGCCUCUACUUCCUGGUGGUGGCGCUGCCCUACGCCAACAGCUGUGCCAACCCCGUCCUCUACGGCUUCCUGUCGCGCCGCUUCCAGCAGGGCUUCCGCCGCGCGCUGCUGCGCCCGUCCCGCCGCGUGUGCAGCCACGAGCCCGCGCCCGCGCCUGCCGAGCGCACGGAGGACGACGACGACGACGACGACGACGGCGACGGCGGCGACGGCGAUGGCGAGGGUGGGCCCGGCGCGCGCAAGCCCGGUGAGGGCCGGGAGGAGGCCAACGGGCGCGUCAGUCACGUCGCGCCGCCGGGCCCCAGCGCGCAGGAGCGGCCCCCGUGCGCCGGCGCCGAGGCCCGGGCCGGACACCUCCUGCCCCGGGAGCCCCGCGUGGGGGACAGGCCCGCGCCGCUGAGGACCAGCUAUCUCUAAGGGGCCCCCACGGAGGGUGGGUGGGGUGGGAGGCGCACGGAACCGGAGGCGGUGGCCGUGCCACCGGCGGUCCCGGAGACCCAGGCCUGGCCUCGGCCACGUUGCUGUGUAAUCCUGGGUAGGUGGUUUGCCCUCUCUGGGCGCCGGGUUCUCCGUGACUCAGGGAUGAGGCUCGGCCAGGAGAGGGGUCUGGAAGGCUGGAGUGGGGAGGGAGGCCCUCACUCCCCUGGAAUCGGCCUGAAUGUGGUUCCCAGGGGUUCCUGGGAUCCGAGACAGGUUAAGGAGAAGCACUGGGGGUCGCCAGUCCAGGCGGAGCUGCCCGGGAUGCCGCCGCUGGGGGCGGGUGAGACUGUUCAGUCCCCUCCCCCAUGGCGAUCCCCACUUGCUGCCCCCUAUCCCCCCGGGGGGACCAGGUCUCAGGUGCCAAGUGGCUCCGUCCACCACCAGUGACCGUGCUUCCGUGCUCCGACUCCAGGAGGGUGGCUACCCCCAGAGGGAAUCAGGUCCAGCUUCAGAGUCCCUUCCUGGGCGCCUCUGAGGCCACGCGUGCUAUUUUGUACCUGCACUUUUGUAUUCUUUUCUUAGAAGGGGCCGGAGGACCCGGGGACCUCACCCACGCCCUGUGGAGAGCCCCCAACACCCCCAAAGCUGCCAUUGCAGUGUCCGGGGGCUGUCCCCUCCCAGAGACCCAGGCAGGGUCCCCACCCCAAGGCUGUUAGGGACCCGCAGGCUGUCUCAAGCGCGCGGGGCAGGGAGAGGAAGAGACGGGGCGGCGGGGGAGGGGGAAGCGGGCAGCAGACGAGAGAUAGGGGUCAGAGGCCCCGGUCCGGAGCCCAGCUGCAGCCGGGUUGGUGACGCCUGGCGCGAUGCGAAGGGCAAAGCCACGCUGGGCGAGAACACAGAGGAACGGGAGAAGCUCAUGCAAGGGGCAGGGCCCCGGGCGCGACCCUCAGCACCACGGGGCCUCCAGCACGCCCUGGGUUUAGCCCCGGGGUCCCCAGCACCUGCUAGCGGUGCUCCCAAUAAAUAACAAUGAAAACCAAAAAAUUACCGGAGUGAAAAACAGAUAUUUAGGGAGAUCCAAGCUAGCCCCAUUGCGAGGAAGGGGUUCUGGGGUACGGGGGUCACAGCAGACUCCCUGGGGGUGGAGGUGGUGGAGGAGCUGGACUCCCCAUGCUUUUUAUUCCCCGGGGGCUCAGGGUCUGGAAGGUUCUGGAGCACGGGGGCACAGUUUCAGGCUGGUUUGGGUGGACCUAGAAUCCCUCCGAAAGGGGCCCUGAGGCUCAGGGGGUCCUCACCCCAGCCCCCCACACCCCGCAGAGGGCAGAGCACCUCGGGCAGAGUGCCAGAGCUGCAUGCUGCAGCUUCCUCUUGCUCUGGGGCCUGUCUGGACCCCUGUGGUCCUCAGUAUCCCCCUCAUGAAACAGAGGUGACUGUGUGCCCUCUUCCCUAGCCUGUCUCCUGCGUUGGGGUGGGGGUGGGGGGACCGUGAGUCAAACCAUGUUGGGUCAACUAUCAUACACGCUGCAGUGGAGGUGUCCACACACACACACACACACACACACACACACACACACACACACACCAGGCUUGGUCUACACCCUUUACUCUCAAGUAACCCAUCCUGGCUUGCUGUGGUAGUGGUGUGGAUGAUACAGAACAUACAGGGUGAUGGGGCCAGAGGAGGCCACGGCGGACGACAGUUGGGGUGACGACGUGCACACACAACCAGAAUCCAAGCCCUCAGUCUUGGGGCUCCCCGGAGGGCGAUCUGGGGCUCAUAGGGGGAGUGGAUGCUCCUGAUAUUCCAAGUUGUUUGGGGUCAGUGGCCUUCCCGACUCCCGGGCCGGGCGGGAGGGGCCCCGGGGGAAAUCCUCUGCAGUUUCUGCAGCGGCUCCUGUCAAUAUAGAUGGUGACACGUGAUUGACAGCCGGGGCCUGGCUGCGGGUUUCCUUGCUGUGCGCGGUGCGGCCGCCCAGCGCUGUGGAGGGGGGUUCGUGUCCCGGAGUCCACGCUCUCCCGAAGUUCCCUCUGUCUGCAGGGCGUGUCCAGCCCUCUGUGUGGGGCCCGGAGGAUGCUGCCAUAGACCUCAGCCUACAUCCUCAUCGAUCGGGAUGCAGAAGCAUUAAGGCUUGCAAAUCACACGGAAGAAAGCUGAUUGGUUCCCACUGGGUCACAUGAUAGUCCCCGAGGCCAAUCACCAAAGACCAAGUGCUAGUGUGCCAUGAUUGGCCAGGCGUAGGUCAUAUACCUAUCCUCUCAGCCAUAGAGAAGGCGAGGCACUGUGAUGGACAGUCUGGCCCGACCAAUGGGGUAGGGAUAUGUUUAGAGAGCCAAUAGAGGAGGCGGGCCAGGUAGCAAUAGUGCUGGUGAGCCCGGGCCCAGGGCACACAGUAGGUUCAGGGCAUUUCGGCUGCAGCCCUUAAACCAAGGGCCUGCAGUACGGGUGGAGGUGCACCUAGGGCAGGAGCGGGGGAUGCCAGGAGCGGGGGUGGUUCUCCUUUAGCCUGUGCACCUGGGGGACUGAGGGGUUCCGCUGUUGCAGAUUCCGCGGGCCGAGCAGUUCUGGGGACCUUCUGAUGCGUGUUGGGAGUGAAUGAAUAAAUGCACGCCCCAAGAA